AUGGACUCGGGAAUGUGGGACAGACAGAUUGACAAACCACGAGAAGCAGCAUUGCCCAUCAAUGAUAUCCAUCUGUUCAUCCCCGAUAGAAUGUUCGGCACAUUAAGGCUAGAUCCGCAAAGCGACAAGCCCGAGUUUGUUGAACGUGCCGAUGGAGCCUCUUUAAUGCAGGUGGGCUAUUCCCUACCACCCCAUUUAGCAUGCGACGCCUGCCGCGAGAAAAAGCUGAAAUGCAGCGGCCACAAGGCUGGGUGCAGUCGCUGCAAAGCCAACCAAGCCCGGUGCACAUACUCGUCUUCCGACGCGCGGGCCAGGAAGAAGCGUCGGCGCUACACGGACCAGCCCCAGGUAGCGCGGACCCGGAGAGAUCUCAAUAGCUUUCGAGGCGUCGAAAAGAAUCACGAGAACCAAACCUGUCUCCGGUCGAUCCGGAGAAUCACAUCCGUGGUAAUAGCAGACAGACCAUUGUGCGAAUCGGCCACUGUCCCAGACUUCGGUGCCGACCACGGCACCUGUAGCUUUGCAUCUAGCCUGGUCGCGAGAUCUCCCGUGCCCCUGCCUCCUCGACCGGAACCAAAUUUGAACGAGACCAUGGGCAUCAGGGGCGAGUUGCUUUCAACGCCGGCGUCUGCAGGUGCGCCACUCGACUUUUGGGAUCUCAACUCCAUCGCGCCGGGCGGCCAGGAACCCCAGCCGCAGGAGCAGGAGCCCGUCAAUCUGACCCAGAUAACCGACCCCGAGACCGAGCGCGCAUUCGGCAUGAACCUGAACCCGAACGUUAGGGCACAGCAGAAGGCUCUACCACCAACCCCAAUCCCCCCGUGCGACUGUCUCCAAAUGACCAUGCCCCUGCUCGAAGACAUGGAGGACAAAACCCACAGCAUCGACACCGACCCGCACGCCCUGGACACGAUGCUGGCGUGGCUCAACACGCUUUACCUGGAGUGCGCGGGGAAGGGACACAGACAGCUGCAGCCGGCGAUGACAGUGACAAACCGGGGGAACGGACUAGCGGGGAGACUCGACCGCACCUGCGGCAGCGCCGCCGGGUAUGUGCGGAAUCGAGGUCUCUUCGUGGGGGACUUUGAGCUGGUCAAGCCGGUUGAGUGGCUGCGGGUCAUCCGGGUGAAUACGCAGCUGCUUGUGCUGCAGCAGACGGAGGACAGGGCUGUUAGGACGAUUGAGGAGAUGAGGGAUCAGUUCGACGGUGAUGCUCGGCGGUAUUUGUGCUAA